AUAUCGAGUGAUUUCAUAGUGUCAAUGUCGUCGUUUUUCAGUUAAUUAACUUUUAACUUACAAAAAAUUAUUUCGUUAUUAUGAGACACAUAAUAUUAGCUAACUAUAUAUCAAUACACGGCGUUACAAUUAUGUUAUUAGUACUAGAAAUCAAAUAAUUAAGCCGCCUGAAAAUGCUGUGUUAACAAAAAAAUUGGACAUCGGAUACAAGAAUAAUUCGUAUUUACAUUGGGUGGUCGUUUUGAAAAAAAAAACAAAUUCUAGAUAUAAAAGUUAAAGUUAAAAUGACUGUGAAGCUUUUGACAAUCGCCUGGUUUUUAGUAACCGUUACAUUAUGGUGCUGUCAUAGCUGCGAAGGUGCUAUUAUAUACAGACCUUCAGAUCAAAACACACGUUGGUUUGUACCAAGUCAACAAGACACCGAAGUUGUUGACACUAAUUUGUUGGAUUUUAACAACUUAUAUUACAAAAGAAAUGGCGCAUCAAUGCAAGUAGGUGAAUCGUCUAGAUCACGACCUAGCCUUUCAAUUGUAAAUUCACUUGAUGUACUACGGCAGAAACUUAUGUAUGAAGUAGCUCGGCGACACGUAGAUGAGAAAGUAUUGUCGCAAAACCAUCAAAUACUGAGGAACCUUGGCAAACGAUCGCUAGUGACUCUUUUUGGAAUAGCGCGAAGAUAUUAAAACGAAACAAAGAUUCGUCGGUUUUACUGCGUUAUUAUUUAACGAAAUUUUUAUUUAUAAUGCAAUACAAAAUAAUUAUUUGUUGGCUAUUUUUUGAAGUAUGUAGAGAUCGAAAUAUAUUUCUGAUUAUUUAAUAAUAAUUUUUCUUUUUCUUUUAACAAAUUUUAAUUUAAAAAAAAACUCUCAAAAUUCAAAUUUAAUGAUAGUAAAAAAAAUCUGUUAAAUUUUCAAAAUAAUACUUAACUUAAACUUAGAAAAUUUUGAUUGUAAACAUAACCGUAAGUAUUUAUUUGUCUUUAAAACAAGAAACUAAGUGCAGUAUUUUAUGUAAUUUAAUUAUGUUUGUAUUUUAUGUUAUUAAAAAAUGAUAAUUUUAGCGUCAAAAUAAAGUAAUUUAAUACCUGUUAUUUUUGAAUAAAAAAUAUAUUAUAAUAUUAAAAUAAAGACUCACGUUAUUUAAUAUAUAAUCCUCAAAUAAUU